GAGUGAAACUCCUGCCCCUGGGCAAUUUCUGGGAGCAAUGUCUCUCCCCUUCUCAUCCUGGGAGUAAAGCAACUGAAUCCAGGAAGGUUUGGCCCAUUUCUCCAUCUUUAGUGAAAGGACAUCAGACGAGGAGGGCAGAAAUCUCGAACUGAACACUGCGUUGAGGCCUAGAUUGAUUCUUUUGGAGAUCUGUGCUUUUCUUUUCGGUGAAAACUUAAAAAUCUCACUGGAAAAGGCACCAGGGAGAGUGCUUCACUGCACUGUCAUGGAAAGAUCGUUAUUCCGCCAGGCAGCCUGGAAAAUAUUUUGGAACGGUUCGCGCUGGCCAGAUGCUGGAAUCCAAAUGAGUAUAUUUUUGUUGUCACGUGCAUUCGAUGUAAAAUACAGGAAUGAGCCUGAGCGACGCCAUGGAGAAGCUGUGGAAGCUAUGGCGACUGUACUUACAUUUUUAGUACAGCCCAUCCCAGCUGGAGAGGCAUCGCUGGAGUCACACUGGGGAGAGGCCGUUUGACUGCUCGGAGUGCGGGAUGGGAUCCAGCCGGCUGUUCAACCUGCAGACCCCCUCCAGGCGGGUCCACACACCGGGGAGAGGAUAUUGGAAUUUGGGGACGAAAUUGCAGAAAGAAAUCUCAAAUUGGACAUCCUUUCCAGAUUUGAAAGAGCCACUUGCUUCAUGGGGACCUGAAUGCCUUUGGCCUUUGACUUUUGAAGGAGAAAUAUUUGUCUGUCAGUCAUCUUUGAAAGAAUUUCAAUACCAAUGUGAGGGGAUCAGCACCAAGACACUCACAUACCUCCCCCUAUCCAGGUGAGUGUGUUCCAUAGCUUUACUUUAUUUCACAGUUCGAAUAAACGUCACACCAUUGACGGUGGAGGGGGACUGUACUCUUUGUCUAUUCACCCAAGAUAACUGUAAAGGCACCAUGGUGAAGCCGUGGAAAUGCGGGGACUGUGCGAAGGAAUUCCGUUCCCCGUCUGAACUGGAAGCCCAUCGGCGCAGUCACACCGGGGAGAGACCCUUCACCUGCUCCGUGUGUGGGAAGGGAUUCAGCAAGUCAUCCACCCUGCAGACCCACCAGCGGGUCCACACCGGAGAGCGGCCUUUCGUCUGCUCCGAGUGCGGGAGGGGCUUCACUCACUCGUGGAACUUACAGACCCACCGGCGGGUCCACAGCGGGGAGAGGCCGUUCACCUGCUGCGAGUGCGGGAAAGCCUUCAGUCGCUUGUGCAGCCUGCAGACCCACCAGCGGGUGCACACCGGGGAGAGGCUGUUUGUUUGCUCGGAGUGCGGGCAGGGCUUCACCGACUCCUCCAACCUGUGGAAGCACCGGCGAAUUCACACCGGGGAGCGGCCCUUCACCUGCUCCAGGUGCGGCAAGGGAUUCGGUGACUCAUCCCAUCUGCUGACGCACCAGCGGGUCCACACUGGCGAGAGGCCGUUCCCCUGCUCUGUCUGCGGGAAGGACUUCACCCAGUUAUCCAACUUGCUGACCCACCGGCGGGUUCACACAGGGGAGAGGCCGUUCACCUGCUCUGCGUGCGGGAAGGGCUUCACUCAGUUGUGCAGCCUGCAGAAGCACCAGCGCAUUCACAAGUGAUCACGGGGUUGGAUUCUGAUAUUAUUACCACCCCUAACCGUGUUCAGGAACCAUGUUUUUUUUCUGAGAAUGGUGAAAUGGAAAAGUGGAAGACUUCCUUGCAACCGGACUGCCCAGAAUCAUGACUUUGCUUCCAGUGAUGUUUGAGUCUUGCGGUAAAAAUAUAAGUUUUGUACUUCACUUGGUUUAAAAAUCAUUGUGUGUUUGGAAAGUAAAGUAAUAUUCGGUAUGUAUUUCUAUUUGAAUCGUCCCAAAGCAUGCUGCACUGCCAUGGAGAUGGGCUGCGGGGGUUUAGAAGCUUCAUCUCUCUCCCAGAAGUCAGCUCCAUACCUUGCGUGGCGACUAUAUGUCAGGGAGAUGACCUGCUGUGGGAAAAGAUUUGCUAACCCACGAUAGACUCACAAAAGCAAAUUGGCCAAAUUGGACCGGGACCCCCGGAAUUCCCGAGCAGCUCACAAACCGGGUCAGACAGCAACGCGGACAACGGACUAUGCUUUAAGCUCCUAUGGACACGACAGAGAUCUCAAAGCCCUGUGGGCAGUUUCACAACCCAGCAAUACCAAAGCCACACAAAGAGCAGGACAGACAGAAGACAGAUGGAAGCACCUCACCAUUUCAGAAAAGACUUUAACACUUUCCUGUGAAGAUGAAUUAUACCAUGACAAUGUCCGGAUAUUGCACUGUGUGGAGGGACAGGACAUUCAUCCAAUAAAUCGUUUUCCAAUUAGCAUCCUUGCAACUAAAUUACUCCAUGUCCAGAAACAUUGGAGUUUCCCAUUUCUUAAUCAGUGUGUCAUUGUGCAGCAUUACUAUAAAACUGGUCUCGUCCUCAGC